UAGGCUAUGUAUAUAUAUUAAAACUCCUUGUCGGUCACAUAAUGCUUAGGCCUACGUAUUUGGUUUUAUUAAAGCCUGAAUGUGUUUGCUUAGUUUCCAUGUGUGAUGCGCCGUGACGUCACCCAGUUCCAGGACAGCAACAAAGGAGGAUGCGGAGCUCCGUGCGGGAGUCAAAUCCCGUUAAAAUGUUUUUCUUUUGUCUUACGAGGUCGACAUAGCACACAACCAUGUAACGACUGUCCAUAUUUAUAUGGAUAAAUGAAGUGGCGUAGGAUUCGUUGGAGGAAGCGGGAGGAGAGAGAGAAUGUACUGGGUUGUUGGUUUCGCCUCCUCCCGGUCGUUCGUGGUUGAUCUCGGCCGGAAUCAGAGCCCGUCCUUCGGGCUGUGUGGCUCUGAUGAGCGUCACUUAUUUUAUGGGGACAUAGUUGCCGUCCCUGUGCAGGAUAUCGGUGGGAUCAUGUCGGGAUUGGUAUCGGAUUCCUGGUGGAGGAAGACGCUUUACAUCACCGGAGGUGCCCUGCUGGCUGCGGCUGCGUAUCUACUGCAUGAGCUGCUCUCCAUCAGGAAAGAGCAAGAAUUGGAUUCUAAAGACGCCAUCAUCCUUCACCAGUUCUCCAGGCCAAAAAAUGGGGUGCCAAGCCUGUCACCUUUCUGCCUGAAAAUGGAGACAUAUCUGCGCAUGGUUGAUCUGCCCUAUCAAAAUUACUUUGAUGGAAGCCUCUCUUCCCAGGGCAAGAUGCCUUGGGUUGAGUAUAACUACGAGCAGGUAUGUGGAACUGAAUAUAUAAUUGACUUUCUGGAGGAGAAACUUGGUAUGAGCUUGAACAAGAGUCUGAGCGCUCAGGAGCAGGCGGUAGCGCGGGCCAUCACCACCAUGGUGGAGGAACACUUGUACUGGACCAUUGCAUACUGUCAGUGGGUGGAUAAUGUUCAGGAGACUCAGAGGAUGCUGGACCUUCCCGGACCCCUCAGUGACCUGCUCAAAUGGACCCUGUGUCAGCUGACUGGUGGGAUCGUAAAGAGGGAGAUGUACUGUCAUGGCAUUGGCUGCUUCACUAAAGAGGAGGUUUACGCCCUCAUGGAGAAGGACAUGCGCACACUGGCCACACUGCUAGGGGAUAAGAAGUACAUCAUGGGUCCCAAACUGUCCAGUGUGGAUGCCACAGUGUUCGGUCACCUUGCACAAGCCAUGUGGACGCUGCCUGGAACACGGCCCGAGCAGCUCAUUAAAGGAGAACUGAUCAACCUCGCCAUGUACUGUGAGCGCAUACGGAGGAAGUUCUGGCCCGAAUGGUUUGUGGACUUAGAGGACUUCUGUUAUGACAGCGACAACGACAGCAGCGGGACGCCCACCUGCCAGCUGGACCUUGGUCUCUUUUCCAGGACCGACACUUUAGAGGAGAGCGAUCUAAGCCUGCCUUCAUACAGUAACUCAAACUCUGACCACUCCGGACGCUCGCUCUCAGACUCUGACAUUGAAGUAGAUGGCUCAGAUGUGGAGCAGGUCAAGGGUUAAAUCUAAUAGAGGUGGUGGUUGUUAUCUGCUGGCACACAAAACUGAUAUUGAUGAUUCAUGCCUGGAUAAAUCACACUUUGAUGGACCUGAAGUAGAAACAAAACGUGCGUAUACAACUUGACAUCAGUCACGGACAAGCAAAAGUCGGGCGCUCGCUUCAGUUCCCGUUGUGAGACGUGUAAAAGACCAUCCGUUCUCAGUUGUACAUCUUGGACAGUCACGUUUGUAAAAACAUUAUAUCUCAUCCAUCUUUCUCAGAUGUUUUAAAUUACAACAGUUCAUUUGUCCACAGUUUCAGUAUGGUUUUGAAUUUGAUUGGCUUUCAUUUCUAGGAAACAAUUGAAUUGAAAUUACACCCAUUGCAUUUGUAAGACCAGUUAAGGCAUUUUUCUCAAUUGUUGAUCAAAGAUUUGCUCCAGAACAGAGUCAUGUGACAUUAGCUUGCUUGAUUCUAGGAUGUUUGUGUGAGGCUGAGAGUUAAAUUUUUCCUGUGUGAAUGCCUCUCUUCUUAAAGUCGGCAUGAAACAGAAGUUGAUAUAGUCUUUUCUUCCCUUUGUGAUGUAUAUCCGAGUGAAACGGCUCUGUCGGAAUUGAUUGGAUCGUUGUGGUUUGCUAUUGGUCGACCUCAUGUGAUUGACAGGUCGUCUCGCCCUCACGGUAGCAAACAUGUCAUCAGAGAGCUGUAGUGGCAAGAGGAAGGGCAAGUUAUUUUGAUAAAAAGAUAAUGAGGGCACAUUAAUUUAUUUUUAUUUUUUUUUAUAAAUACUGCAAUAUUACCUUAAGAUUUGUCAGUUUUGACUUCAUGGUGACUUUAAACCUAAUAACUGCUGCUCCCAGGUCAGGUACUUAAAAAUAGAAUUGAUGAAGAUUUAAAAAGCUUAAACACAAAAUAACUAAAUGAGAAUCCAAUCUUCACAAAUAUUUAGGCUACAAUAGAACAUAAUCCCUUCCUAUAAUUUGUAUUGGUUAUAGCUCCAGUGUGUGUCAUCAGUGUCGGCUGAUUCCUGAUCAGUUUGAAUGGUGCUUAAUACCUGUGUGCCUGAUUGCAACCAUUUGUACGUGUGACAGUCUUUUCUCUCCAUCCCCAUGUGUUUCUAUCCGUUUUGGUUCUGUUAAACAGACCUGCUUUGCAUGUCACCACCAGAGGGCACUGUGACCAUUCACAUUCUGAGGUGGUCCUAUGCAGCCACUUGUAUUGCCUUUGCGGGCAUCACUUCAAGUUUCUGCCUUAAAAGAAUAUUUCUAAAUAUUAAUAACAACAGUAAACCUCUAGUGAAAACUAAGCAGUCAGCUUUGGUGGAGUCUAUAAUUAUACAUUUUCUUUAUCCAAGUGUCUGAUUUUUUUUUUGUGUGUGUGUACCAAAGUGUAGAUGAGCAGAUUUGCCUUAGUUGAGGGAACAUUGUUGUGAUCAACAGCAGCAUGAUGAGAUCACCCUCUUUCUGUUGAAUUUACUUGAAACCCAAGCCUGUACUAAAUGAAAUGAUUUAAAUCCCUGUAAGGUUCGAUCUUUUAUGCAGAAUUCUGUUGUGUACUUUCCAUUGUUGUUUUGCACUUUUUAGAUCAUUGGACAAUGUAAAGUUGGAUGGAUGGGAAAAUAAGAGGACUUAAACAGGGUCCAUACAAUCAGUGGGAUGUGUUAUGUGUGUGUGUGUAUGAUAUACAGUAGCUAAAUGUAAUACAUCAUUUACCUGCAUGUGUUUGUGUGAGCUGGUGUAAAGUGCAUCUUUAUUCCCUACAUAGAUCCAAAGUCAAAUACACGUCAUAAACUCAGUAUCAUAUUCAUUUUAUGUUAAUAUUACUGAAUUUUGCAGAUUAUUUUUGGAUAUAAAGUAGCCUAAUAAAAAAAUUAAGCUUUUUCAUUUACUAAAGGAGAUGCACAACUAAAAAUUGUCAUUUUGAUUAACAGUUGUAUCCAAAUUCACUUUCAAAAAUGUGCAUUAACCAAUGCAUUUGAAUUCUACCCUGUGAUAUAUGUUUAUCAAUAGACUUUUAGAGAUGUGCCUGUGUGUUGAGAACAUAGCUGGAUUAUGCUCUCAUAAGAUGUCAAAGUCCAUUUUGCUAUAGAUCUGUUACCAGAUCUUGAAGCCAGUUAAAUCCCUGUCUAUGGAGGCAAAAUGAUGGUUAUAAAUAUAUAGGCUAUGUAGACAAAGAUUCUACCAUUUAAAAUGUCCAUAACUGAGAUCCCCCCCAUGAGAGCGUAGUUAUCCUGAACUGAGUGGUUGUUUGACAAUGAUUGCUCCAAAACAUCAAUUAAAAUAGCUGUGGUGAUUUCAAA